CUAUCAUUUACAGUACUUUUCACGACAGCUAAGAAACAAAGAUUGCUCAUAUAAAUAAUGUAUGAAAAUUUCAGAUAAAUUCAACUUCUAUAAUAUAUUUGAUCCCAGUAAGAGUGAAAUGCACCUUUUAAUCGAUUUCUUCAAUGGUAGGUCCUCCAGCGGGGUCCUCGGCGGCAGGGGCGCCUCCUGGAGCACCUCCUGGCAUACCACCCAUGUCAGGCAUGCCUCCAGGCAUACCUCCGGCAGCACCUCCCAUCUUUUGGAGGAUGGGCAUGGCAACACCUUCAAGUUCCUUUUGCUUCUCUUCGUAUUCCUCCUUUUCGGCAGCGGGGUUGCUGUCGAGCCAGCUGAUGGUCUCCUCGAUCUUGCUCUCGACUGCAGUCUUGUCGGCAGGGUCCAUCUUGUCGGCGACUUCGCCACUAAGAGAUCCCUUGAGAGAGUAGCAGUAGUUUUCGAGUCCAUUCUUAGCUUCGAUACGGUUCUUGUUGGCAUCGUCCUCGGCCUUGUACUUUUCGGCUUCGGAAACCAUGCGCUCGAUUUCUUCCUGGGAAAGACGUCCCUUGUCGUUGGUGAUGGUGAUCUUGUUCUCCUUUCCGGUAGACUUCUCGAGGGCGCUGACGUUCAAGAUACCAUUGGCAUCAAUGUCGAAGCAGACAUCAAUUUGUGGUUGCCCACGAGGCAUAGGAGGGAUUCCGUCGAGGUUGAACUUUCCGAGGAUAUUGUUGUCCUUGGUCAUCGAACGUUCUCCUUCGAAGACCUGGAUAAGAACACCGGGUUGGUUGUCGGCGUAGGUAGAGAAGGUCUGGGUCUUCUUGGCAGGAACGGUAGUGUUUCUCUUGAUGAGGGUAGUCAUGACUCCUCCUGCGGUUUCGAGACCAAGGGAAAGAGGAGUGACAUCCAACAGGAGAAGUUCGGAAAGCUUUUCGGACUUGUCGGAUCCGCUCAAGAUAGCGGCCUGGACGGUGGCUCCGAAUGCAACGGCUUCAUCGGGGUUGAUAGACUUGCAGAGUUCCUUUCCGUUGAAGAACUCAGUGAGCAUGGUCUGGAUCUUGGGGAUACGGGUGGAUCCUCCAACAAGGACGAUUUCAUCAACUCCGGCCUUGGAGAUCUUGGCAUCUCUCAAAACCUUUUCGCAGGGCUCCAUGCACUUCUUGAAGUAGUCCAUGUUCAAGUCCUCGAAACGGGCACGGGUGAUGGUGGCAUUGAAAUCGAUACCGUCAAAGAGGGAGUCAAUUUCAAUGUGGGCCUGAGUAGAGGAAGAAAGAGUACGCUUGGCACGUUCGCAAGCGGUACGAAGACGACGGAGAGAGCGCUGGUUCUUGCUCAUGUCCUUCUUGUGUCGUCUCUUGAAGUCGGUGAGGAAGUAGUCAACCAUUCGGUUAUCGAAAUCCUCUCCUCCCAAGUGGGUAUCUCCGGCAGUGGCCUUGACUUCGAAGAUUCCUUCUUCGAUGGUAAGAAGAGAGACAUCAAAGGUACCUCCUCCAAGAUCGAAAAUGAGGACAUUCUUUUCGUCUCCCUUCUUGUCCAAUCCGUAGGCGAUGGCAGCGGCGGUAGGUUCGUUGAUAAUACGAAGAACAUUAAGUCCGGAAAUGGAUCCGGCAUCCUUGGUAGCUUGACGCUGAGAGUCGUUGAAGUAAGCAGGUACGGUGACAACAGCGUUCUUGACUUCCUUGCCCAAGUAUGCCUCGGCAAUGUCCUUCAUCUUCGUAAGAACCAUGGAACUGAUUUCUUCGGCCUUGAAGGUCUUGGAUUCUCCCUUGUACUCGACCUUGAUGAUGGGGGUACCUCCGGGUCCGGAGAUAACUCCGAAAGGCCAGUGCUUCAUGUCAGCUUGGACGGCGGCAUCAGUGAAUUUGCGUCCGAUCAAUCGCUUGGCGUCGAAGACGGUGUUAUCGGCAUUCAUGGCGGCCUGAGACUUGGCAGCAUCUCCAAUAAGACGCUCGGUCUCAGUGAAGGCAACAUAAGAAGGGGUAGUACGGUUACCUUGGUCGUUGGCAAUGAUUUCGACACGGUCAUUUUGCCAAACACCGACACACGAGUAGGUGGUUCCAAGAUCAAUUCCGACGGAUUCUCCGGUGACAGCUGUUGCGAUGAAAGGAUAAAAAAUUAAUUUUGGUUAGUUGUUUCGAUCAACGGAAAAUUGGUACAAAUUAAUUUCGGAACGCCUU